AUGGCACCCGUGAAAACUCUUACUUACCUCUCACAGGAGAAGACUCUAGAAUCUAGUUUCGUUCGGGACGAAGACGAGCGUCCCAAAGUGGCCUACAACGAAUUCAGCAACGACAUUCCCGUUAUUUCUCUGGCUGGAAUCGACGAGGUUGAUGGACGCAGAUCAGAGAUUUGCCAGAAGAUCGUAGAGGCUUGCGAGGAUUGGGGUAUAUUUCAGGUGGUUGAUCACGGUGUUGAUGAUCAACUUAUAGCUCAAAUGACUCGUCUAGCUAAAGAGUUCUUCGCUUUGCCACCUGAAGAGAAGCUUCGCUUUGACAUGUCUGGUGGUAAAAAGGGUGGCUUCAUUGUCUCCAGCCAUCUCCAAGGGGAAUCGGUGAAGGAUUGGAGAGAGCUUGUGACAUACUUCUCAUACCCAAUAAGAGAGAGGGACUAUUCAAGGUGGCCAGACACACCUGAAGGGUGGAGAAAGGUGACUGAGGAAUACAGCGAGAAGGUGAUGGGUUUGGCAUGCAAGCUUUUGGAGGUGUUAUCGGAAGCAAUGGGGUUAGAGAAGAAGGCUCUAACCGAAGCAUGCGUCGAUAUGGACCAGAAAGUUGUGAUCAAUUACUACCCAAAAUGCCCCCAACCUGAUCUCACGCUUGGGCUUAAGCGUCACACUGAUCCUGGCACCAUCACUUUGCUUCUUCAAGACCAAGUGGGUGGCCUUCAGGCAACAAAGGAUGAUGGUAAGACAUGGAUAACUGUUCAGCCUGUGGAGGGCGCUUUCGUUGUCAAUCUUGGAGACCAUGGUCAUUAUCUCAGUAAUAGAAGGUUCAAGAAUGCUGAUCACCAAGCGGUGGUUAACUCCAACUCUAGCCGUUUGUCAAUAGCCACGUUUCAGAACCCAGCACCAAAUGCAACUGUGUACCCUUUGAAGGUUAGAGAGGGAGAGAAACCUGUGCUGGAGGAACCAAUCACUUUUGCUGAAAUGUACAGAAGGAAAAUGAGCAAGGACAUUGAGAUUGCAAGGAUGAAGAAGCUGGCUAAUGAAAAGCAAUUGCAAGAACUUGAGAAGGCAAAACUGGAGUCCAAGGCUUUGAAUGAGAUUCUUGCUUAGACUUCAGUGAUACUAUCAGUGC